AUGAAGUAUCACCCAUGGAGAAGACAUGGAUCUCUGUCUCAUGAGUUCCUUCUAGCACAUAAUAAUGUUCGUGCCAAGUACGGAAUGCCCCCAUUAAUAUGGGACAAAAGACUAGCGCACUAUGCUCGUCGACAUGCUUCGAAAUUGGUUGGGAAUUGCUCCAUGGUGCAUUCGGUAGGCCAAUAUGGAGAAAACCUAUUUUGGGGUAAACUUGAACAUUGGACACCAUCUCGUAUUGUUGAAGAUUGGGCUAAGGAAUCCGAAUUUUUUGAUCUAAAGGGAGGGAAAUGUACAAAGGAUUGGACAGAAUGUGGACAUUUUACUCAAAUUAUUUGGGCAGAUACUACACGUGUCGGAUGUAAUCGUCUUAAGUGCGUUGGAUCAAACAAAGGUUAUAUUGGAAUAUGCAAUUAUGAUCCACCUGGAAAUGUGGUUAACCAAAGCCCCUUCAUUCGAAAUAUUAAAUCAUCAGCUGUUAUUAAUGUCAAUUCUUCACAACCAAAAUUUCGUUCAUAA